GUGAGCCAAGGGAACGGCACACUGCUGCGGAGCACACACAGCACACGGUGAUGGGGAAAGCCAGCACGGGCUGCUUUGUUCAGCAAAUGUGUUCUUCCCUAGCUGGCAUUUCCAGGGAGAGAGACCACAUGAAGGAUUUCAGAAGAUACCUGGUGCUUAAGUACAUCCAGUACCUCGUCCUGUCAUCUUCCAACGCCAUCAGCACCCUGCUGGGUGUGCUGGGCAGUGGGUACGUGAUGCUCAUCCUGCAGUCCUCCAGAGUUUCCUCCAAAUCCACUGCAGUUUUCAUCUCCAGCCUAGCAAAAGCAGACCUCCUCAUUUCUGUGAGUGCUGUUGCUGAGCUGUUCCUGUGGACCUCCAGCAUUGCUGUCCCACGCACAGCAUUCACACCAGCACUGCUGCAGAACCUCCUGGUGGCCAACACACACAUCAGCGCCCUGCUGCUCAGCUGCGUGGCCGUGGAGGCAUACCUCAUCACCUUCUUCCCCAUGGAGUCCCGCAGCCUGCGGACAGUGAGAAAUGCCAGGCUGACCUCCAGGGCCAUCUGGCUGCUGGUUGCUGCCGAGUGCAUCCUGCUGCAGGUUGAUGAUGUCCUGAAGGCCAGCAGCACUUCUCCAUCCUACAGCCCCACUCUCUGGUUGCUCCCCCUCUCCAGCGGGGCUGCAGCCCUCCUCAGAGCCCUCAGCUACCUCCUAGGCAUCCUUCUCAGGAUUGUCAAUGUCUACAUCUACUACAAAAUUUUCUUCAGCGUGUCCAACAGAUCUGCAACGAGAACAAAGUAGUGGGCACGUCAAUACCAGGCAGAAGACCCUCCAACACAAAUGGUUUGAAAGCCUUCCAACAACCAGGAAGCCAGGGCUCAUGUUUGGAAGCACAAAUCUGUCCUGUUUCGUGAUGCUGUUGGCUUGGUGAUGAUCGUGGGGGCCUGAGGAGACCUGGAACCCAUAGGUUGUCCUAUGGAGUAACACCAUCCCACAGCGGGUGUUCUCAGUCUGGAGUCUGUUUGCUCUGCAGGUAAAACAAAUGACAUUUCAUGAAGGACAGUGAGAAGUGAAGCAAUCAAAAUAUAUUUAUAUAAAAAAAAAAUGAUGCUUAGAGGCUUACUCAGGGAUGCAUUGAGCCAAGAGCUGUAUAAUUGGAUACUAAAUCCAUUAUUUAUGUCCUGCAAUCUCUAACUCAGGUUAAGCAUGAGGCUCAGCAGUAGGAUCAGGAGACAAGGGGAGUUUGAGAGAGGAAACUACCUUGGUGUGUUCUGCAAUCUGUGUUCAUUCACAGCCCUUGCUACCUCCCCAGAUCUCUGCUUCCACAUCAGAAACCAAGCAGAGGUGAUGCCAAUGGCGUGGCUGGGUCUAAGCAAUGAAAGCACCAAGCUCUUACCUCAGCUGCUACAAUCCUUUACAACAAUCCAAUCCUUUGGCUGCAGUGAUAGACUUAAAACAAACAAACAAACAAUGGAUAUGGUUAUGAUAAAAAGAAAAUCACAGAGGCUUCAGCCUAAGUGCCAUUACAACCAAUACCAGUGGUGUCAGAGGCACUGCAUGCAGGGAUGGGGACAAGAGAGGGCCAGAAGCACACAGAGGGUUCAUGGCAAAACAGGGCAGCCCCAAACCACAUUGCUUACUGAGCUUUGCUGCGAUGCCAUCGGUUCGGAUGUUGCCUAACAAAGCUGAUCCCUUCCGCAGGGAGGAGGAAAUAACCUGCUGUACUGUGGUGUGCCCUAGUUUUGGGAGCUUAAACAGAAACGAAACCUAAAGUGCUGUAAUCA